AUUAUCUCCCAUAGUCAGCCAUGAAGUUCGCCUUUGCUUUCACCGCCCUCGCCGCUGUGGCCGCCAACGCUGCAACCAUCUCCAUCGACAAGCGUACCGGCAGCGAGUGUGCCGGCGCCCGCAAGAGCUUGUUCGCCUACGAGCGUCCGUUCGUCGGCAACCUCUACGAGGAAUGCAACUGGUCUUUCGGCACCGACCAGGACCAGACCAAGCUGAACCCCUGGAACAGGAAGAUCUGUGUCGCGGCCGCGGUCGUCGCCGGCCUGCCGAACUUCCACGACGGUCUCAUCUGUAACUCGGUCGGCGCGAACAGCACCGAUAUCCCGCUUCCCGCCUACUCGAAGUGGCCCAACCUGGACUACAACGUCUACGCCGACAUCGUCGGCGAGUGCGCGUGGGCCUCCGGCGGCUGCCCGAUCACGCAACAGAACUUCAUCGACCUCGUCUACAGCGCUAUCUCGCAGGAGACCGCCGACACGCCCGUCUACCCUGACUCCGCGGACACGCUCAUCAAGUACUACCUGAAGCCCAUAUUCGACUGGACGGCCUUCUCCCCCGACGCCGGCAUCCCAUACACCAACUUCAACGACUGGCUCCACUACUCGGGCCAGGUCAACCACUGCGUCCCGAACACUGGCGAGUGCGAUUCACAGUCCCGCCGGGUUCCUGCAUCAUCG